AUGGCAGUCGUAUUUGAUUUCACACAACUAUUUGAGGACCCUAUAUUUCUAGGCUCGUUCGGUCUGGCUGUCGUUGGCUGGAUCGUCGCAUUAGCAGGACAAUGCGCAAGCGAUUUAGGCUUGAGAGCAGUCGGCACAUAUGGUCCAUUUUCAUGGUUUAUCAUUUUCUUUAAUAUGUCGGUGAUAGUAGGAACGUUAGCCAUUGUCAGUUCAAACAAAUUGAUGGCAUUCUUUGCAACAUGCCUCGUCCUCGAUACUCAAUCUGUCUCGAUAUUUAUUCACGGAGAUUCUUCUUAUCAGGCUGCUGGGGCUGGUUAUAUUUUCCUCAGUAUUGUCUUUAUUGUGUGGAUAAUGGUUCUCGGGUCCGACAAUCAACAACGUUCCAAAGCCGCAGCCUACUCUUCAUCCGGAGUAAUCAUCGGUAACAAUGUUACACCCACGAUGAUCCCUUUAAGCCAAGCGACGCCGAGCAAUGUGAGCCAGAAUCAAGUCGUUGUUUCCCCGAAUGCCGAAUAUGCAUAUAAGGCCAGGGCUCUGUAUGAUUAUACUGCUAGUCCUGAAGAUCCAAACGAGCUGAACUUUAACAAAGACGACGUACUUGACAUCGUUGACAACAAGGGAAAAUGGUGGCAAGCAAGGAGGGCUGACGGUGUAAUUGGAAUAGUACCAAGCAAUUAUGUAUGUAAAAGGAAAAACUAG